AUGAAUGGGCCAGCAUUCAAUUCUUCGGGAGGAGGUCAGCAGAUGGUUGACCCUUCGACCGCUGCUGCUGUUAAAAAUAUGCAAAUGAUAAUGGAAUCCUGUCCGGGCAAGACCGUCGUCUCCGGUGUAAUGGGAUUUGCCCUCGGUGGAGCCUUUGGUCUCUUCAUGGCAUCCAUGCAAUACGAUACCCCCAUCCAUACCUCUUCCGCAGCCGCAGAAAUUACCUCUCUCCCCUUGCGCGAACAACUCAAACGUGGUCUCAAAGACAUGGGAUCCCGCUCCUAUUCCUCGGCCAAAAAUUUUGGCAAAGUGGGCGCUAUUUUCGCAGGCACAGAAUGCUGUGUUGAAGGGUUUAGAGCAAAGAAUGACUUGAAGAAUGGGGUUAUUGCGGGAUGUAUUACGGGAGGUGUGCUGGCGGCGCCGGCGGGACCACAGGCUGCGGCGGUGGGGUGUGCGGGUUUUGCGGCGUUCAGUUUGGCAAUUGAUAGUUAUAUGAGGAGGCCGAGUGACGGAGAUUAG